AUGGAUCGAAGUUGGAUGAACGCAUCACGUAUAAUUGAAGAGUACGAGAAUGGUGUUGAAGAGUUUUUGCUGUUUGCUCAAAACAGCGGAAAUCCUAUAGAAGAAAUGAUUCGCGAUCUUGGGCAAGAGGGGUUUGAAGAGGCACAUGCAGCAUUGUAUGACAACAUAGAAGUUGAUUCAAAAAUGCCUUUGUAUUCCGGCUGCAUAUCUUUCACAAAAUUGUCAGCUGUGUUAGCUCUGGUUAACUUGAAGGCUCGAUUUGGGUGGAGUGACAAGAGUUUUAGUGAGUUGCUGAUGUUGUUGACAAACAUGCUUCCUGCUGAUAACGUCUUGCCAAAGAAUCACUACCAAGCAAAGAAGAUUUUAUGUCCAGUUGGGAUGCAGUACGAAAAAAUUCAUGCAUGUUGUAAUGACUGCAUUUUGUACAGAGAUGAUUUUGCUGAACUAGAUUACUGCCCUGUGUGUGGGGUUUCUCGGUACAGACCGACCAACGGAGAUUCUACUGUACUAGUCUCAGACGCCGACCGCCGUCCAGCAAAGGUGUGUUGGUAUCUCCCAAUAAUACCAAGGUUUAAGCGGUUGUUUGCUAAUGGGGAAGAUGCAAAGAACCUUAUAUGGCAUGCAAAUACCAGAAAAUCAGAUGGAUUGAUGCGACAUCCUGCAGAUAGCCCGCAAUGGAAGGCAAUUGAUCGUUUGUAUCCUGAAUUUGGGGUCGAGCCUAGAAAUUUAAGGCUUGGUCUUGCAACGGACGGAAUGAACCCAUUUGGAACCUUAACUACUAACCAUAGCUCGUGGCCCGUUUUGCUGUUCAUUUAUAAUCUCCCUCCGUGGUUGUGCAUGAAGCGAAAGUAUGUUAUGCUGAGUAUGAUGAUAGUUGGUCCAAGACAACCAGGUAAUGAUAUUGACGUAUAUCUAAGACCGUUAAUUGACGAUUUGCGAAAAUUGUGGGAUGAAGGGGUUGAUGUAUGGGACGCAAAUUUGCAGCAUGCUUUCAAGUUGCGUGCAAUGGUUUUUUGUACCAUCAAUGACUUUCCAGCCUACGGAAAUUUAAGUGGAUAUAGUGUCAAAGGACAUCACGCAUGUCCUAUAUGUGAGCAGAAUACAAGUUUCCGCCAACUUAAACAUGGAAAGAAGACUGUGUAUACUAGGCAUCGAAGAUUUCUCAAACAGUAUCAUCCGUAUCGACGAUUGAAGAAGGCAUUCGAUGGAAGUCAAGAACAUGAAACCGCGCCAAAUCCAUUAACUGGCGAUGAAGUAUAUCAGCAGGUCAAGGAUGUCGUAAAUAUGUUCGGCAAGUCCCAAAAAAAACCAUCAUCCACUUCAAACAUGUGGAAAAAGAAGUCUAUUUUCUUUGAUCUUCCGUACUGGUCCGAUCAUGAUGUUAGGCAUUGUAUAGACGUCAUGCAUGUCGAGAAAAAUGUUUGUGAUUCUUUAAUUGGGACCCUCCUAAACAUUAAAGGCAAGACAAAGGAUGGUUUCAAGUGUCGUCAAGACUUGGUUGACAUGGGUAUACGUCAGGUGUUGCAUCCUAUCUCAAAAGGUAACAGGACAUAUCUGCCCCCAGCCUGUUACACAAUGUCAACAGCUGAAAAGAGAAGUUUUUGUGAAUGCUUGCAUAAUAUCAAAGUCCCACAAGGCUACUCUUCAAACAUCAAGAGUCUUGUGUCUGUGAAUGAGCUUAAGUUGGUUGGCUUGAAAUCACAUGAUUGUCAUGUGUUAAUGCAACAACUUUUGCCUGUUGCAAUCCGCGGAACAUUGCCUGAGAAGGUCCGUGUUGCAAUCAGUCGCUUGUGUUUCAUUUUUAAUGCUAUAUGUGCCAAGGUCAUUGACCCUAAACAGUUGGAUGCUUUCGAAGAUGAGGUUGUCGUUGUCCUUUGUCAAAUGGAGAUGUUUUUCCCUCCUUCAUUUUUUGACAUUAUGUACAUUGACUCAUUGAAACCUGUCGGUGUUCCUGCAUCCCGGCAUGACCAGCCAAUAGCCGGCAAGGGUACUCGUGGAUACAAUGUUGUGACAAUGACUAGACAUGACGUGUCACAAGCACAUUUGUAUAUAUUAAACAACACAACAGAGGUGUUUCCGUACAUAGAGGCUCACAAAAAACAUGUUAGAGAUAGUCACCCCAAAAUGAACAUGAUGAGGGUAUUGCAAGAGCACAACAAAACUUUCAUAAAUUGGUUUAGACAAACAAUACUUGCUGAUAAAAGUGUUUCCAGACGACUGACAUUGUUAGCCAUUGGCCCAAAUUUGAAUGUCCCUACAUGGAAGGGGUAUGACAUUAACAAUUAUUCAUUCUACACAAAGUCCCAAGAUGAUAAAAGUUCGGUACAAAACAGUGGGGUCUGUGUUGAUGCUGCUUCGGAGCACUUUUCCAGUACAUCGAAUAACAACCCCAUUCGAGCAUCCAUGUCUUACUUUGGUGUCAUUCAAGAAAUUUGGGAGGUUGAUUAUACAUCAUUUAGAGUGCCUGUUUUUAAGUGUCAGUGGGUGAACGGGACAACGGGUGUGUUUCAAGAUCCAUUGGGAUUUACUUUGGUAGACCUUAGUAAGGUGGCAUAUAUAGACGAACCUUUCAUUAUGGCAGCACAAGCCAGACAAGUUUUCUAUGUACAAGAUCCAUGUAAUUCAAGUUUGUCUGUGGCUUUGCAAGGAAGACCAAGUGGAAUGAAUUACCAUAAUGAUGAGUCAACCCUUGACAUUGGUCAAAUGUCUGGUUUUUCAAAACAAUUGCCUUCAAUGAAUGAAGCUGAUGAAGUGGAUGAUGGACAUGCAAAUCGUGUAGAUCAUGAUGAAGGUCUAUGGGAAAACAUCCCUACAGGCUGA